UCAAGAUUGAGCCGGAGUAAUCCAAGCCCUCUCAGAGCAAAAAUGCCCAGGAAUAAGCAAAACAAAAGUAAAGUAAACAAACAAACUGUAAUUUACAGAGAUCUUAAAUUUUCCAAAUCUCAACAGACACAAAGAAUAUUCAAGAGAGAUGAGAGUACUGUCAUAUCAAAUGAAGAGCGGGUAAAUUACGUGGAACUGAAAUUUCACAAAACAUCUGACCCCCGCCACAGAAAAUGCCUUGUUAGAAAUCAAAGAAAAGAGCCCGGAUCGGUAAUAUGGCCAGUGAUAACUGGCAUCCUGGGGGUCCUGUGUUUGGUCUUGAUUACAGCCUUGGGUGUCUUGCUUGCAAACUUAUUUUCUAGUAGAGAAGAGCAAAACAGAGAAAUCUCACUUAUUCCUACUCCACCUUCUACAAAGGAUGACUGUUCCUGUAACCUUUCUUCAAACCACUGGAUUGGGUUUGGAAACAGUUACUAUCAUGUUUUCAAUAAGUCUACAACAUGGCCAGAAAGCCAGGCUGCCUGUGUGGAGCUGAAUGCCCAUCUUCUGAAGAUAGACAACAAGGAAGAGCAGGAAAUAUUAUCAGUGUUGGAAAUGGAAGGAUGGAUAGGUCUCAGAAUGAAUGAGACAAAUGGGUGCUGGUUCUGGGAAGAUGGCACUGAAGUGACCCAAAGCCAGUAAGUACAGUGUUUGGAGAACAACUUUUCUGAGUGGGUUUUUUAGGUGACACCUUUGUAGAGCAUGGAAAAAGUAAUCAAGAAAAAGAAAAGAAUCCAGGGUGUGUGAGGACCACUGUAUGGGAAACAUUGGGAAACAGUGGCCAGGUCCUUCUAGGCAAUCUCAUCA